GGCGGGGCCUGGGAAGGCUGGGCCAAGAUGGCGACAGUGAGGAAGGUUCUGCCGCGGCGACUGGUGGGCUUGGCGACCCUCCGGGCUGUCAGCACAUCGUCUGUGGGCACGCUCCCCAAACAGGUGAAAAUUGUGGAAGUUGGUCCCCGAGAUGGACUACAAAAUGAAAAGAAUGUGGUCCCCACGGCCGUGAAGAUCAAGCUGAUAGACAUGCUGUCUGAAGCAGGGCUGCCCGUGAUAGAAGCCACCAGCUUCGUGUCUCCUAAGUGGGUGCCCCAGAUGGCUGACCACACUGAAGUCUUACGGGGCAUCCAGAAGUUUCCUGGCCGCAGUUACCCAGUCCUGACCCCGAAUUUGAAAGGCUUUGAGUCAGCGGUGGCUGCCGGUGCCAAGGAAGUGAGCAUCUUCGGAGCCGCCUCUGAGCUCUUCACCAAAAAGAACAUCAACUGCUCCAUUGAGGAGAGUUUCCAGCGGUUUGAUGCCAUCAUGCAGGCAGCUCGGGCAGCCAGUAUCCCCGUGCGGGGGUAUGUGUCCUGUGUGCUGGGAUGCCCCUACGAAGGGAAGGUCUCCCCGGCUAAAGUGGCUGAGGUCGCUAAGAAGCUGUACUCAAUGGGCUGCUAUGAGAUCUCCCUGGGGGACACCAUCGGCGUGGGCACCCCAGGGGCCAUGAAGGACAUGCUGUCUGCUGUCACGCACGAGGUGCCGCUGUUUGCCCUGGCUGUCCACUGCCACGACACCUACGGCCAAGCCCUGGCCAACACCUUGGUGGCCUUGCAGAUGGGGGUGAGCGUCGUGGAUGCCUCCGUGGCCGGGCUUGGAGGCUGCCCCUAUGCACAGGGGGCAUCUGGGAACUUGGCCACCGAGGACCUGGUCUACAUGCUGGCAGGCUUGGGCAUUCACACGGGUGUGAACCUCCAAAAACUCCUGGCAGCGGGUGACUUUAUCUGCCAAGCCCUCAACAGGAAAACCAGUUCCAAAGUGGCCCAGGCCACCUGCAAACUCUGAAUCCCAGGAACGGACAGAAGCAGGGGUGUGCAUGGAUAACGCGAUGAAAUGGCAACGAAUCAGAAAAGGAGCGGGUACCUCACAGCCACCUGGAGCCAGGUCUGGGAGUGGGAAGGAGGCUGGAGAGGGCACUGCCUGGCCCCAGGACGGGGAGCAGGAGCGGCCCAGGAGGUGAACUUUGGAAGGCGGGUGGGCCCCCAGCGAGGAAGGACCUUCAGGCCCCAGCUGGGGGGCCCAGGGAGACCCAGCUGCUUAGGGCAAGGGGCAGCAAGAUAACCCGUGCUGACAGAGGGGAUUUGCCGAAAGGGCUGAGGGCUGAGCUUCUGUGGGGGCACCUACCAACCUCAGCAUCUCAAUCUCCAGUCUGAUCAUGAUUUUGGAUAAUUAAAGCCUUAAUUUUCCAGAA